AAUGUACACAAAUCAAUAACCAAAACUAACAUCUCUAAACUAUAUCUAAUUUAGUUUUUCUCUCUUUCUUAGGCAUAUUUUACUUGUUAGGCAUGGUUGAGUUUCAGUUCAGCUCAAGGGCUAUUCCGACAUUGUUGCUUCUGUGUUUCUUCCUCAUUUUUGGGAAUUUCCGUAAUGCAGAGGCCAGAAAUAGACAUUACAAAUGGGAUGUGAAGUAUGAGUUUAGGUCCCCUGAUUGCUUUAAGAAGCUGGUUAUCACAAUCAAUGGAAACACUCCAGGACCCACCAUCCAGGCUCAGGAGGGUGACACAGUUGUUGUUCAAGUUAACAACACUCUGCUCACAGAAAACCUCUCCAUCCACUGGCAUGGGAUCAGACAGAUUGGAACUCCUUGGUUUGAUGGAACAGAAGGGGUAACUCAAUGUCCGAUAUUGCCUGGCGACACAUUUAUUUAUCGGUUUGUCGUAGACAGGCCUGGUACAUAUCUUUACCAUGCUCACUACGGAAUGCAAAGGGAAGCGGGGCUAUAUGGACUAAUUCGUGUGGCACCCCGUGACCCUGAACCCUUUACCUAUGACUUUGACAGAAGCAUUAUCCUGAACGAUUGGUACCAUAAGAGCACUUACGAACAAGCUGCUGGAUUGUCUUCAAUUCCAUUUCAAUGGGUGGGAGAACCUCAGUCACUUCUGAUUCAUGGAAAAGGAAGAUUCAACUGCUCCCAACUUUCCACAGAUGUUUGUGACAUGUCAAAAUGUUCUCCCUUUACACAAACUGUGAUCCCUGGGAAAAUAUACCGACUCAGAAUUGCCAGCUUGACUGCUUUAUCUGCACUUAGUUUCCAAAUAGAGGGCCAUAAUAUGACGGUGGUUGAAGCAGAUGGUCACUAUGUUGAACCGUUUGUGGUGAAAAACCUCUUCAUAUACUCUGGUGAGACCUACUCAGUUCUGGUGAAAACAGAUCAAGACCCUUCAAGGAACUAUUGGAUAACCUCAAACGUGGUAAGCAGAAACAGAACCACCCCACCAGGGUUGGGCAUUUUCAACUACUACCCCAACCACCCAAAACGGUCCCCUCCGACGGUUCCACCUUCCCCUCCUGCAUGGGACGACGCUGAGCCAAGGCUGGCACAGAGCCUCGCCAUCAAGGCACGCCAAGGAUACAUUCACAAGCCCCCCACAACCUCGGAUAGAGUCAUAAUACUCCUCAACACACAGAACAACAUAAGCGAAUACAGACACUGGUCUGUCAACAAUGUCUCUUUCACUCUCCCUCACACCCCUUAUCUCAUCGCCCUCAAAGAGAACAUAACCAACGCAUUUGACCCCACUCCUCCCCCUGACGGCCAUGAAUUUGCCAACUACGACAUUUUCAAUGUGUCCCCAAACGCGAAUGCCACUUCUAGCAACGGCAUUUAUAGGCUGAAGUUCAACACAACGGUGGAUCUUAUACUUCAAAAUGCCAACACCAUGACCAAAAACAACAGCGAGACGCAUCCGUGGCACCUUCACGGGCACGACUUUUGGGUUCUUGGGUACGGGAAGGGAAGGUUUGACGUGAACAAUGAUACGAAAAAGUAUAAUUUGGAGAAUCCCAUAAUGAAGAACACGGUUCCGGUGCACCCCUUUGGUUGGACAGCGCUGAGGUUUAGGUCGGAUAACCCUGGCGUGUGGGCUUUCCAUUGCCAUAUAGAAUCUCACUUCUAUAUGGGCAUGGGAGUGGUUUUCGAAGAAGGAAUAGAAAGGGUUGGGAAGCUACCUUCAUCCAUCAUGGGUUGUGGUCAAACCAAAGGUUUUCAUAAGCCAUAGUUACCAUGCAUUUUUGCUUUCAUUCAAUUCUUUUCCACCAGAACUAUCAUGCCAUAUAUUUGUUUUUUACACCACAAAUGUGUCUGUAUUAUACAUACUACACCUUUGUUAUGCUGUAAAUUGUAGUUGUACUUCCUUCGUCAUAGCAGUUGAUAAAUUGAAAACUAUUUCGAUGCACAA